UUGAAUAAUAUGACAUAAGAGAAUACAAAUAAAUCAUUUUUUUUAAUCAAAUAAAAUGUUUUUUAUAAAAAUUUAUCAAACAGUAAUUUUUUAAAAACUUUGCGCUUGAUAUCAACUCUCCUUCCUCGUUAUUCUUCUCCCUCAACCACUUUUUCCUCCCCGCAUACUUGCACUCCCCUUGGAGGACUUGGCUUAGAAAACCGGUCCAGUGUACCUACUGAAGUCCCAUCGUGAGGACUUAUUCCACCUCGGGUUUCCCAAGGCGAGGCAAAGCGUGAGCCGACGGGGGCGCGAGAUCCGCCCCCGCGGAGGAUCACAAAUUGGCCACCCCUUCGCCGCAGUUUUCUGCACCCCAGAGAAUCCCUUCACCAAGUCUCAACGCGGCCACUCCCGGUGGCACCCGGUUCAAGAUAUAGAGAAAUAAGCAUUCCACGCUCGAGAAAAUCGAAUCAAAUACGCCGAUUGAAGCGCAUGAUGAAACGCGAUUUUAACGGAGGCAAUCCACGCAUCCUCUGCGUGCCUUUAUCGAAGCUCUUGAGGAGUCCGCCUCCGCCAUCACCUGCGACGAGGGCUGCCCAGCCUGUUGGCACUCCGGUUCCACCACCCGGUGCUCGACCAGCUUUGCCUCCGCAUUUAUCUGUUCGAGUUUCGCAGAAACUGAGUCGACCAUCCCUUCCAAAAGUCCGACGGCGGCGGCUUCCGCCACUUCCGGAAUGUUUUCCGCCACUCCGUGCUGCUACACGGCCGGCCAAAAUGGGAGUACAGAAGAAGAAAAUUAAUCCAGAUAUCAUCGUGAAACAGGAAAAUAACAGCGAGAAAAGAGAAGAUAAAGAGAAACGUUAAACAAUCAUUAAUCAUUAAUCGUUAUAGUUAAUUGUUAAUUAAUCAUCAAUCGUUAAUCAUUAAUCAAUUUGUAUCAAUUAUUUAUCAUUCUCUUGAAUCAUACUAAAUCUUUUUUUUAUGAUUUUAAGUACGUAGAUAUAUGUAUACAGAAAUAAUCGUAAAAAAAAUCACGUUACUUCCCGCGAUAACUCAAUUUUCGUAAUUAAAAUAAGCGUAUUGCAUAAUUAAGUGCCUUUUAUAUAUAACACUAUUAUAAAAAUUGUAAAAAUAUAAGAAGAAAUCUUUAAACAUAAAUCAGUAAAGAAAAACUGUAAUUUAAGUAACUUAAAUAAGCAAAUUUUCAAUUUGCUCGACUCCUGCAACACAAAGUUCUGCCUUUUUAACAUUACUACGCGUAACUAUUACAAAAAAGAAAGUAUUAUAGACACAUUUACAUUUAUUUACAUUUUAGUCAAUAACUUUGUAUAUUUCACAUUGACUGCUAUUUUAUAUUGACUAAACUUUAUUUUAUAUUGAAUGUUAAACUUGAACGAUUCUAUUCGUCAAAGUUAUUUAAUAGAUUCUAGAUUCAAAAUUAUAAAAUAUUUAUUAUUUAUGACAUGAUACAUAAAAGUAUGACGACACUGUAUAAUGAAUGGAAGAGAAACAGAGGUGAUAAUACGAGCCACAAAAAUAAAUAUUAAAAAUGGGUGUUGUUUAAAAAUUAUGUAAUAUUAUUUUGCUAAGAUAAAUUGUUAGUAAAACCUACAAUGUAAUCUCGAAGAUUCAAGAUAGAUGUAAAUAACUUUCUUUAAUUAGAAAAUAGAAACAACUGACAAAGGGAUAGUUUUUACACAACAAACUUUCAGUUAUAGAAAAAAAAUAAAAUGUUGCACAAAUUUAAAAACAAUGAGAGUAUUUAUAAUUAAAUGUUAAUGUGUAUUAAUGUAAACCUUUAAAAACUUCCAAAAUGAUCAAAAGUAAAAAGUAAUAAUUGCUUCAUACAUAAUUGUCAUAUUAGUAUCACUACAUAACGGCAAGCAAAAGGAAUAAAUAAACUAAAUAAGUGAUAAGUAAUUACCUACUAAAAAUAAGAGUUACCUAAUAGCAGAGAAAAAACAGUUGAUCACUUUAUAUACAUGACCCAUAAUAAAACCUUCUCCUCCACUAUUUUGAUCAAAGUUUUACAAUCUGCAAUUAUUUCUGUAAUUAUUUUUUUUCUAUAAUUUAAAAUGUUUUUUUAUCACUAUACCUGUUACAAAUAUAAUAA